AUGCAGCAUAGUUCGGUUGGAUUAUGCGGAAACCUUCAGAAUGUAGCCAUCCGCCUGGUCGUUGGAUUAUGGUGGCAGUCCUGCCCACCAGAGCAUUUCACUGGUAGCUGUUGGUUCGAACCUAUCUUACUUGGACCAACAACCGGUGGACCAAGCAAUAUCUGCCGUGAGACAAGUCAACUUCUGCCGCACCUCAUGCUCAAACAGACUAUGAGGAGAAGUUUGGAAGACCUCCAAAACAUAGGUGAUGAAAUACCUGUUGACGGAAAUCUUGUCUAUCUGGAAUAUACAGAGGAUAUCAGUUUAGUCGACGAAGAGGAC